ACUCUGCCCUGAAAUCUACGUUCUCUGCAUGCAGCAGCAAGAUCUUGGAUCUCUGCCUCACAAAGCAGGAAGGACAGCAGGCCCAACCCACAUCACAUGUUCCAUAUGUAAACCUAUUUACAGGUUCUGUAAAAUGUAGUUGCAGAGAGGAUGAUGGUGCUCUUCCCAAGGAUGAAUGGUUACGGGCAAGAGGCAAUAGAGAAGAGGAGGAGUGUCUUCUGGACGUCAGAAACAAAGUUUUCAAUGUCAGAACAAUUGAAUGUUGCUGUUACUUGCCCAGGGAAGUGGCUGAAUCACCUUGGCUGGAAAUAUUCAAGACUCAGCGAAGUUUAAGCCCUUGCUUUCUGAGAGUCUGAACCAGUGAUCUCCCCUUCCAGCCUGGGCUUGUUUAUGUUUCUAAACUUCUAAUAUUCUUUCCCCUUAGAACUGACAUUUUGUCUGCUGACAGAUAAAGGAUUUUCAACUCUGUUUGUUACUCAUUCUUAACUUUUGAGAGAAUUUCAGUGAAGACGCAAGACUGAACAACCCUGUAAAGAGGAAGAAGUCAGGCUUCUGGUGUAAGUGCAUCAUUUUGCAAGACUAUCAUCUAAAUGGGAAAAUCAGUUUGUUUCUUAUAGCUUUUCUGUUUGCCCAAUGUUGAGAACACCUCAACUGCUUAUGAGCAUUGGACAAAAUUGUUUUCACAGUUUCUCUGCACAGAAAGCAUGACUGAGUGGAAUCUGAUGCCUGAUUACUGACAACAGCCUCCAUCUAACGAGGCAGCUUAUAGGCUGGUAGUUGUAAAACUGUUCCUUAGAGACAAAUGAUUUAAAUUCUACCAGGUUGAGAUGGGAAUUAAAAUACACUUCAGGCAUGGCUAAGCAUUCUACUUACUGAAGUAGUAGUAAAAAAGCAUCACUACCAGAAGAAUUAUUUUCAAAGAAAAUAUUUCCAGUUUUUAAAGCAGUGAGUUAAAGUGUGAUUUGAUGAGGCAGCUGAAUAAAACCGUUAGGUAACUUCUGUGGAAAAUUGUAGCCCUUUCUCCUUUUGCCUGCCAGCUGUCAAAGCAUGUCCUCCUUGCAGGUAUCCUAGCACACAGCUGACCCUUUGCUGAGCCAGCUGUGCUAUCUAAGCUUUCCAAAAAGUAUUUAUGUUUUUCCAGAAUGGAUUGUUUGCCAGUUCAGUGGGCUGAAUCUGAUAAGCAAAGGAUCAUCUAACUGCUAGAUCCCCAUUCAAGGGAAGAAGCGCAAAUGCAUAGCUGGAGUGGUGGAAGGAAAGUAUAGGAGAGCAGAAAUAAGUUUUAGUUCUGCAGUGUGUGCCUUUUGAUCAACCCAGCCCAAAACACUGGAGUAGAAGGAAGUUCUUUGUUUGACUGAGUGAACGCCAAAGCCCUGCAGAAAGGUCUAGAAUCUUAAGACUCACCUUGUCCUCAGCAGAGCCUUUUAAUUAUGUCAGGGAUUGUUAGCUCAGAUUGAAGCCUUUAGUCAACUUCCAGCUCCAGUAUGGGCACUGACUAUUGUUCAAUCUUAAUUUGAAUUACUUAUCCUUCUGCAGAGAGCUCAGGCACUGCAGUCUUCAGCAUGAUCUGCUGCUGGGAGGAGGUGUGUAAAAGCAGCUUUGGGGCAGGACCUUUUUGCCAAGUUAGGAGAAAGUUACAAAGGUUCUGCUUAGUCACCUUUGUGAAGAAUGACUUCAGUUUUUCUGCUGAGACUACUCCAUAUCAGGAACAUGUAUCUGUUGGAUAGCCAUUACCAAUGAUGGGAACUUUGCAGGUUAUGAGUAAACUGACAGGGAAUGACAGCUUCUUCAUAGACAAGAAAUGGUCUGGAAAGAAGCUGAAAACAGCAGAAGGAGGUCUGAGGAGGGAGUGUGUUGUGUCAGUGAUGUUAUAGACUCUCCCAUUCAAGGCAUUCCAUCUGCUCUUGCUUCUGCUGCUCCCAACAAGACUGUGGACUUGUUUGAGAUGAUUGAAAAAAUGCAGGGGAGUCGUCUGGAUGAACAAAGAUGUUCCCUUCCAGCUCCUCUCAAGACGGAGGAAGAGUAUAUUCCUUACCCCAGCAUCCAUGAGGUAUUACAGAAAGGGUGGCCAUAUCCUCUCAUUAUCUUACCCCAGUUUGGGGGCUACUGGAUUGAAGGGACAAGCCACAACCUCUCCAGUCCAACUCUGUCUGAUGUACCCUUUCCCUGGAGUGUUAAAGUGAAACUGGAGAGUGACCCCACAGCCAAGCUAUACCGCAAGCAUUUCCUAGGGAAGGAGCACCAGAACUUUUAUUCCAGUGAUGUGUCCUUGGGCUACUUGAUACUUUCUGUGAAGUAUGAACAGUCUGAGAAACAGGAAAAUCUACGCUUGUUGCUGAGGACGCGAACUGGCACCAAACAUGAUCUGAUCCCCAUUUCCUGUCUGAAUGAGUUUCCCAAUGCUGUCCAGAUGGCAAAGCUACUGUGUGAAGACGUGAAUGUUGAACGCUUCUUUCCUGUCCUAUAUCCCAAGGCUUCACAGCUUAUUGUUGCAUUUGAUGAACAUGUCAUAAGCAAUAACUUCAAAUUUGGGGUAAUCUACCAGAAACCUGGACAGACAACUGAAGAAGAAGUCUUCAGUAACACGGAAGAGAGUCUGGGUUUCCUGGAGUUCUUGGAUUUCCUUGGGGACAAGAUUCAGCUGCAGGAUUUCCGUGGGUUCCGGGGAGGUUUGGAUGUCAUUAGAGGUCAAACAGGCACCGAAUCAGUUUAUACAAAUUUCCGGGGCAAAGAGAUCAUGUUUCAUGUAUCUACAAAACUGCCCUUCGCAGAAGGAGAUUCCCAACAGCUUCAGAGGAAGCGUCACAUUGGAAAUGACAUUGUAGCCAUCAUCUUCCAGGAUGAAAGCACACCUUUUGUGCCUGAUAUGAUUGCUUCUAAUUUCCUGCACGCGUAUGUGGUAGUUCAGCUCACUCACAGCAGCAGUGGGGAGACUCUCUACAAGGUUUCAGUCACAGCCAGAGAUGAUGUGCCCUUCUUUGGACCUUCUCUACCAAAUCCAGCCAUAUUUAGAAAGAGUGCAGAGUUUCGUGAAUUCCUUCUUGUCAAGCUCAUCAAUGCUGAAUACAGCUGCUAUCGAGCUGAAAAAUUUGCUAAAUUAAAGGAGAGAACCCGAAGUGCCCUCUUGGAGAGCCUUUUUCAGGAGCUGCAGCUUCGCAGCCGCUGUAUGAUGGGAUUGCCCAUAGAGGAAGAUGACAAGACAGAGAAUGGCAGUGGGGGCUUCUUUGAGAAUUUCAAGCGGGUGAUCAGAGGCCGCAGCCAGAGCCUGGAUACCAUGGGGAUAUCCAUGAGAAAGCAGCAGCCAGCCACCAUGCCCAGCCGCCCGACGACAGCUGGCCUUGCUCUAAGCCAGAGUGUUGCCGAGGGCCCUAAGGCCAUUGCUGCGUCUUUUGCAUUGCCUGGUAGGAGCCCAUCACGUACUCGAACCAGCCGUUUCCAUGGGCGACGGAGUAGUGCCAUUGGCAUUGAGAACAUACAGGAAGAAAAGAGGGACACUGCAGAGAGGAUACAGAAGGGGGUAGACAGUCCAGAAACUUUGCUUGACCUGAAAUCUGAUGGAUCAUCCAGUCCCAGCUCCCCAGAGUUCCCCAGCAGGAAGAGCAAACACUUCUGAGUGGGGACAUCAAGCCAAUCGGGAGUGGACUGGAUGCUGCUAAUUGGUUACCUCACUGAAGAUACUGGCAAGACUUUUUGGGUGAAAUGAGAGUCCUGGCUAAGAGGAGCAUGAACUCAGAGGACCUCAAGGACUGUGGAAAGACCAAGUGACACCACAUAAUGCUCUGCUGUCAGUCCCUGGAGCAGAAAUCAUGGAGAGGGAGAAAGACAGAGAGAUUCUAUUGGAGUAUUUUGACUCUAGGCCCUUCCCAUUGUCCAAUCAGCAGUCACUG